CAACGCUGGUAAACAAGCGGCAUGGCGGCCUGCAAGCAGAGGAUCCAACCAAGGGAAAUUCUCCAAUCCAUCUGAUGACAUCACAGAAGCUGACCAUGGGUACAAAUGAAAAGACAGUGGGUAAGAAUACAAUCUCGCAGGCAGAGCUCAGAAAGAUGAAUCCAGUGCAAAGGGCAAGGUGUCUGGCCUACGAGCAGCCAAAGAAAGAAGUAGCAACGUCGUUGGUCCUCACCAACAGCCGAAUACGGGAGCACACCCUGAAAUGUCUCCAGGAAACUCCACAGACCGUGAGGGACCCAGAGCAGGAGAAGCAGGCCAGGGUGGUGGGGCAACUGAAGGCAGCAGAAGCUCGAAACCGCAUACGCCUUAUGAGAUUUCGCUUCCAGUGCAUGAGGGCUCAGGAAUUAAAUAAUCUGAUCUCCUGCCAGCCCACUGCAAGAGAUGCCAUCAGGCUGGAAGCGCUGUUGCCCCCCAGACCAAUAACAGUGAGCCCCCAGGUAUCCCUGGACCGGUUCCAGCAGGAACGAGUUGAGAUUCUUCUGGAGGAUGACAGAGAAUUACUCAUAAGCAGAAUCCAUUGAAUUUUCACACCAGAGACUCCAAAAUCUCCCAUUUUAUGAAAGCAUAACCUUCCAGCCCGAUAAAUGAUGUAGCUCAGAGGACAUUUGCUGGCUGUCAAGACUGGGAAGUAGAGAGAGCUGUCCUUGAGCGAAGGUGUUUGGGAUGGGCCGUAUGAACAAGCGAUGGGGAGACCUUUGUCCUCUGUUUAGCUUCAAUUCCAGGUACAAUCAUGAUCUGACUCACACACAGGAGAUGGCAGGUUAUCUGGAACACCAGGAAUUUCUAUGGGCUCCAUUAACUAAAUAAAGAACUGGAGGAAAUUGAAACAUGUUUACAAAAAAGUUCUGAUUUUAAAAAAUUCUCCAACUCUUCUUUAAUCACAAUUUGGCGGUUGUAGGCUGAAUUUUGCAUUUUAGCUUCCAGUUAUUGAACGACACUUUUGAGUUCCCU